AGUCAGUGACAGUUGUGCGACAUAUUAAUCUCCUUUUUUUCAACAUAUUUAGUGAUAUUUAGUUAUCAUUGACAUGAAAACCAAUUUAUAUUCUAUUAUUUGCGUAAAAUGUAAAUAUUGAUCACACGAUGUAUUACAAAUUACAGAAUUAUCUGCAAUAACUGUUUACACUGCCAAACAUGAAUACAAAUCUUAAGAGACACAGUGUUCAUUGUCAACCAGAUGUCCACAUAAUGGGUUGUGUCGAGCGAACGCAAGGAGAUGGCAUGGAAAAUGCAACAGCAGACAAGACUGAAAUUAAGCAGAGUCGAAGUCGUCUGGGAGACACUCUUAUUUAUCAUCCUACAAAUUUAAAGCAAUUAGGGUCGACAGCUCCGGUCACUCCUAUUGGUACAAUAGUAAACCUGGUGCCAAAAAAUAUUAGUAAUACAAAGCAAGAGAAGCAUAUUUUACACUCCUUAAAAUCAAAAGAACCAAAAUUUGUACCAUACGAGCCUUAUAAAGCAGCUGUAAAUCCAAUAGUGCCGCUCGAAAAAAAGAACAAAAAAUUACCUAAGAAUAAAUCUAGCUUGAAUGCCACAGUUGCGCAAAUUUCCACGAUGAAGAUUGAAGACAACACCGUGAGAUUGAAGGAUUGUAUGAAAGAAAGUAAAGAGAAAACCUCAGAAGUUGAGUGGAACAAUGAAAAAAGAAUAUAUGAGGCUGAGAUUCGCAAGUUGAAAGAAGAAAACAAUCAGCUUGAAACUCAGUUGAAAUUUCAAGCACAGGUCAAUGGAGAAUUAAAAAAUUUAUUGGUUGCUGCUGUGGGAGAAGAUUUAGAAACAAGAGUUCAUCUGUUAACCGAAGACAAAUUGCAACUUGCAAGAGCUCUCUUAAAUUCAGCUCAACAUUUGUCUACACAUCAGGAACAAACAGAAUGGCUAGCAGGCCAAUGCGAAGUUUGGAGAAGUAAAUUUCUAGCUAGUAGCUUAAUGGUGGAGGAUUUGGCAAGAUGGAAAGCUGCGCUAUGCCAGAGAACAACAGAACUGCAGGAAAUUAUAAAACGACUGUUGGAAGAACAUAAUAUUAUUCGGGAUAUAUCGCUCAAAACGUACAGAAUGCUCACGAUCCUACGGGAGAAAUUCGAUUCUAUAGGAACAACAACCCGCAAGAAACACGAAUUAGCUAGUACCAAUAUUGUUGAUCUUACACAGGGAUGUUAUCAACUUGCAGAAAUUCUAAGAGUCAGUCUUCUGAGUGGUAUUCCGGAUUCAGAAUUACAAAAAGAGCUGAACGUAAUCGGUUUAGAUAUGAAAACGCUCGCAGAGACCAAUGCGGAAAAAUUGCUAAUGAAUCAGAAAUUGCCCAUGACUGGAAGAGAAGAUGUUGCCUGUACUGCAGUUAUGGGAGCGGCGGUCGCGGUCGGUGGACAGAUGUUUCUUCCACAAUGUGAUGUCAACAAUAUGACAUGUUGCCCACAUUGUAGCGGCGAGAUUAAACAGAUAUGAAGAUAAAAACGUUUACU